AUGUUUGGUGGAUUCGCGUCGUACUUGUUGGGUUUGAACAGACGAACUUACGAGCUAACGGGAGUGGGCACGCAAGGAAACAACCCUCGUGGUAUCAAAGAGCCUGGUGUCGGAUGGAUGACGUCAUUCCUCUUUGUCGCUAGCUUCAUUGGACUAGUUGUGUUGGUACCUCUUCGAAAGGUGAUGAUCAUAGACUAUAAGCUCACGUAUCCUAGUGGAACUGCAACUGCUGUUCUCAUUAAUGGAUUUCACACUAGCAAAGGAAAUAAGACAGCCAAGAAACAGAUUCGUGGGUUUACAAAAUCGUUUGGGUUUAGUUUCUUUUGGGCAUUCUUUGGAUGGUUCUAUUCAGGUGGUGACGCAUGCGGCUUCUCUCAGUUCCCUACUUUUGGACUACAAGCUUGGAAAAAAUCAUUCUUCUUCGACUUUAGUAUGACAUAUGUUGGAGCUGGGAUGAUCUGUUCACAUUUGGUGAAUCUAUCGUUGCUCUUCGGUGCGAUCCUCUCUUGGGGAAUAAUGUGGCCUCUGAUAGCCAGGCUUAAAGGCGAAUGGUUCCCUGCUUCAUUGCCAGAGAGUAGCAUGAAGAGCUUAAAUGGCUACAAGGUGUUUAUAUGCAUAGCAUUGAUCUUAGGAGAUGGGCUUUAUAACUUCAUUAAGAUACUCUUUUUCACUGGAAGAAGCUUUCACUCUAGACUCUCCAAAACCAGCAGCAUUAAUACAGUGGAAGAAGUUCCAGAAGAUGACUCAAAGGAAUCAGAAAGCCUGAAACGAGAGAACGAAGUAUUCGUUCGAGAGAGCAUUCCGCUAUGGAUGGCUUGUGCGGGAUACUUGUUCUUCUCCCUUGUCUCCAUCAUUGCAAUCCCUCUCAUGUUCCCUCAGCUCAAAUGGUACUUCGUCCUCGUAGCUUACCUCCUUGCGCCGUCUCUCAGCUUCUGUAACGCCUACGGGGCUGGCUUAACCGACAUGAACAUGGCUUACAACUACGGCAAAGCAGCGCUCUUUGUGAUGGCCGCAAUAGCUGGAGAAAGCGACGGAGUGGUGGCAGGAAUGGUCGCUUGUGGUCUCAUAAAAUCUAUCGUCUCCGUCUCGGCUGAUUUGAUGCACGACUUCAAGACGGGGCAUCUAACGCUGACCUCGCCCCGGUCGAUGCUUGUGGCACAAGCCAUCGGGACAGCGAUAGGCUGUGUGGUUGCGCCGCUCACAUUCUUUCUCUUCUACAAGGCGUUUGAUGUUGGGAACCCUGACGGCGAGUACAAGGCUCCUUAUGCUAUCAUCUACAGAAACAUGGCCAUUAUCGGUGUUCAGGGUCUCUCUGCUCUCCCCGAGCAUUGUCUCGAGCUCUGCUACGGGUUCUUUGCGUUUGCGGUUGUAGCCAACCUGGCGAGAGACCUCUUGCCUGAGAGGCUAGGGAAGUGGAUCCCACUACCGAUGGCAAUGGCCGUGCCGUUCUUGGUUGGUGGGUCGUUUGCAAUCGAUAUGUGUGUUGGGAGCGUUGUGGUGUUCGUUUGGCGGAAGGUGAACCAUAAAAAAGCAGAGUUUAUGGUUCCAGCAGUUGCAUCAGGUUUGAUAUGUGGAGAUGGUCUCUGGAUUCUGCCUUCUUCAUUGCUGGCUCUGGCUAAGGUUCGACCACCUAUAUGUAUGAACUUCACGGCGGCUCAAUAG